AUGUCUACCAAUGAACAUCAAUUUUUAUUAAAGGCCUUAGAGGAAGGGCUUCGUCUAGACGGAAGGAAACCCAUGCAAAUGAGGCCUCUGAACAUCGAAGUUGGCCCUGACUAUGGUCAGAUGUUGGUCACCUUGGGGGAUGCCAAGGUAGUCGUUCGCAUAUCUAGUGAAAUUGUCACGCCCUAUGAAGAUAGACCCUUUGAAGGCAUAUUUCAAGUCAGCAGUGAGCUGGACGGUAUGGGACACCCGUCCUUUAAUGAAGCCUCACAUAGGCAAGAAGAAGAAGUCAUGCUGAGCCGUCUCAUAGAAAAAGCUAUAAGAAGAUCAAAUGCACUUGAUCUGGAAAGUUUAUGUAUAAUAGCAGGUCAGAAAUGUUGGAGCGUACGAGCAGAUGUUCAUAUUAUAGAUUACGAUGGCAAUAUGACUGAUAUAGUGUGUAUUGGUGUUAUUGCUGGAUUGCUGCAUUUUAAGAAACCAGACAUUUCAAUUAGGAAUGGCACAGUGAUAUUGCACGACAUGUCGGAAAGGGAACCUGUUCCUUUAUCUGUUCUCCACAUUCCGAUUUGUGUUACAUUUCAAAUAUACAGCUCUGGAUCCAUGGAGGAUAAUGUCAAAGGUGAUGGUAGAGAGUUCGUUAUAGUAGAUGCAACCUUGAAAGAAGAAGCUUUGACCCAGGGAACUAUCACACUUACUUUAAACUCAAAUAAAGAAUUGUGUCAAAUGUCCAAAAGCGGUGGAAUCAACCUAGAAGUUGACGAGAUAUUAUCAUUAACCAACGAGGCCCAGAUAAUUGUUGAUGACUUUACCAAAUAUAUCAAAGAUACCAUAAAGAAGGAUGAAGAGCUGAGAGUGAAUCCUCUGCAAAAAGAACUUCAAGUGGUGAACUCUAGAGAAUAG